AUGGAUAUUUCUCCCAACAGGCUCAUACCCAGUAACUACCAGCAGUUCCUUGCAUUGAUGUUUGCUGUCUCUGAGGUCAAUAAGGAUUUUCUUCUGCUCCCCAACAUCACCCUUGGCUUCCACAUCUAUGGCCAUUUCCAGAGGGAGAUAUCUCUUUCCUUAAACAGUCUCUCCAUGCUCUCCUCACGAGGCCAAGUGGUUCCAGAUUACAAAUGUGAUCAUCGAGAUACUCUGCUCUCUGUCAUUGGUGGUCUCAAUGCAAAAUCUUCAAGGCUGAUGGCCUCCAUCUUCAGCAUCUUUAAAGUCCCACAGUGGAACUGGGUUGGGCUUGUGACCUCUGAUGAUGACAGAGGAGAAAAUUUUAUUUCAACUUUGAUGCCAAUACUCAAGGAGAAGGACAUCUGCCUGGCCUUCACUGAAAUGGUGAAAUUGGAUGAUAUUCAAAUGACAAUGAGAAAGUUUCUUCUCAAUUUCAUGACCUGGUUUAAAACAGAAGUGUUCAUUCUGUUUGGAGACUUCAGUGUUUCUACCUGUGUAGUUGCAGCAGUAACGAAUUAUGAAAAAAUAAAAAAGGCAUCAUUUAGGAAAGUUUGGAUCUUAACUUCCCAUUGGAAAGUUAGUGUAGAGGAAUCUCAGGAAGGAUUGAACUACAUAAAGUUUUUCCAAGGAGUCUUGCAUUUCAGGGACCACUCCGGGGAUGUCUCAGAAUUCAUCCACUUCCUCCUGUCUUUAGACCCCUUGAACCCCCAAGGAGAUGUCUUUCUCCCUCCAUGGUGGGAAUUGGUCUUUGGCUGCAAGAUCCAUAAAUCAGGAAAGACCCCUCCACAGGGGGAAAAACAAUGUACAGGAAAGGAGACUGUUCAGAAUCUACCCAAUUACACUUUUGAAAUAAGAUUGACAGGAGAAAGUUACAAUAUCUACAAUGCUAUUUAUGCUCUGGCACAUGCUUUACAUGCAAUAUUCCGAGCUCAACUGACCAUGAUGAGGCUUGGAAAGAUGAUCUCAAAUGUCCAGUCAUGGCAGGUUGGACAAGUAAUUCCUGAGGCUCCUCCAGGCCAGGAUUUCUCCAUUAACUCUGAUGGAAUCGUCUGGGCCACAAAGAAGGUGCCCUUUGCCAGGUGUGGCAUGAAGAGAUGCCAUGCAGGAGAAAGGAGAAGAGUUCAAGAGGGCAAGCAGGUUUGCUGCUACCAGUGUGAUGCUUGUCCAGAAGGGACCAUUUCUAAUCAGACAGAUGCAGCUCACUGUGAACCCUGCCUAGAAGACCAAUAUCCCAACAAGGACAAGGACCAAUGCAUUGCCAAGAAGAUCCACUUCCUCUCCUAUCAAGAAACCCUGGGAUACAUUUUAGUUUUUCUUGCUCUUUUUCUCUCAGUGAUCACUUCUGCAGUCCUGGUGAUUUUCUAUAAACAUCAUGACACACCAAUCGUCAAAGCCAACAACCGAGAUCUCACCUACAUCCUCCUAGUCUCCCUCCUCCUCUGCUUCCUCUGCUCCUUCCUCUUCAUUGGUCAACCUGGGAAGAUCACGUGUCUCUUCCAACAAUCUGCCUUUGCCACUCUCUUUGCCCUCGUAAUUUCCUCUGUGUUGGCAAAGACUGUCAUGGUGGUUCUGGCCUUCAUGGCUACCAAGCCAGGAAACAAGGCAAGGAAACUCUUAGGAAAACCACUGACCAACUCCAUUGUCAUAGCCUGCCCUCUGGUCCAAGCACUUAUUUGUGCCACAUGGCUGGGAACCUUUCCCCCUUUUCCUAACUUGGACUUCCAGUCCUUGUUUGGAGAAAUUAUCUUGGAAUGUAAGCAAGGCUCAGGUUUCAUGUUUUAUGGUGUCCUCUCUUACCUAGGAAUGUUGGCCCUCAUUAGUUUCACAGUGGCAUUUCUAGCUAGGAAAUUGCCCGACAGCUUUAAUGAGGCCAAGUUCAUUACUUUUAGCAUGCUGGUCUUUUGCAGUGUUUGGAUCUCCUUCCUCCCCACUUACCUGAGUACCAAAGGGAAGUCCAUGGUAGCUGUGGAGAUCUUCUCCAUUUUGACCUCUGGAGCUGCUCUCUUGGCGUGUAUCUUUUUCCCCAAAUGCUACAUUUUUCUUCUGAGACCCGAUCUGAAUAGGAGAGAAAAUUUAGUAAGAAGCAAGAAUUUGAGGGAAGAAGUCAAGAAUGACCGGGCAGCAGUCAUGCUGUGGUUGAUGUUGCUGCUCUUCUGGCUCCUACUUCCAACUGCCGUGAAGAGGCUGCAAAGCAUAUGUGUGUACAGGGGUUAUAUGAGUUUACAGAAAAGCAGCUAUAAGCCUGGUGAUUUCAUUAUUGGUGGGAAUUUGCCCUUGGGAACCAUUGUAAACUCUACUGUCACAGACUUUAGUAUAUUGAAUUCUUAUCUCAAUAGUACACACAUCAAUUUUUACUACCAGCAGUUCCUUGCAUUGAUGUUUGCUGUCUCUGAGGUCAAUAAGGAUUUUCUUCUGCUCCCCAACAUCACCCUUGGCAUCAACAUCUAUGGCCAUUUCCAGUGGGAGAUGGAUAUUUCCUUCGACAUCCUCUCUUUGCUCUCCUCAUGA